AUGGAUCUUGUGAUCGGUGGGAGAUUUAAGCUUGGAAGGAAAAUUGGUAGUGGAUCUUUUGGAGAGCUUUAUUUAGGUGUAAAUGUCCAAACAGGAGAAGAGGUUGCUGUCAAGCUGGAAUCUGUGAAGACCAAGCAUCCCCAACUUCAUUAUGAAUCAAAGUUGUAUAUGCUGCUUCAAGGAGGAACUGGUGUUCCGAAUCUUAAAUGGUUUGGAGUUGAAGGUGAAUACAGCGUUAUGGUUAUUGACCUUCUAGGUCCUAGCCUUGAAGAUUUGUUUAACUACUGCAACAGGAAGUUUACACUGAAAACUGUUCUCAUGCUUGCCGACCAGUUACUUAAUAGGGUCGAAUAUAUGCAUUCUCGAGGUUUCCUUCACCGUGAUAUAAAGCCUGACAACUUUUUAAUGGGCCUUGGACGCAAAGCAAAUCAGGUGUAUAUCAUUGAUUUUGGAUUAGGGAAGAAAUACAGAGACCUUCAGACUCACAAGCACAUUCCUUACAGAGAAAACAAAAAUCUCACAGGGACAGCUCGGUAUGCGAGUGUCAAUACUCACCUUGGAGUCGAACAAAGUCGAAGGGAUGAUUUGGAAUCACUUGGUUAUGUGCUUAUGUAUUUUCUCAAAGGAAGCUUGCCAUGGCAGGGAUUAAAAGCUGGGACCAAAAAGCAGAAAUAUGACAGAAUCAGUGAGAAGAAAGUAUCAACUCCUAUAGAGGUGUUGUGUCGACAUCAUCCGUCUGAAUUUGUUUCAUACUUCCAUUACUGCCGAUCUUUACGUUUUGAUGAUAAACCUGAUUACUCUUACCUUAAGAGACUUUUCCGCGACUUGUUCAUCCGAGAAGGUUAUCAAUUUGAUUAUGUGUUUGACUGGACAGUCCUAAAGUAUCCUCAAACCAGUUCCAGCUCUGGUUCUAGCUCACGAACAAGGAAUCAUACAACCACAAAACCAGGAGUUAACGCAGGUCCUUCAAUGGAUAGACAAGACAGAAACGCAGGUAAGGAAACAACCAGAAUCUCAGGUGCAGUUGAAGCCUUCUCCAGAAGGCAUCCAACAAACUCUUCGACGCGUGAUCGUCCCAGGUCAAGAAACUCUGACGACGGACCUUUCACUAAGCACCUAGUAAAACGUGGAGACUCUGAAAGACCAAGCAGUUCUUCAAGAAACAGAACAUCUACUUCUAGGAGAGCCAUUCCUGCUUCAAGCUCUCGGCCAAGUUCUGCAGGCGGACCAAGCGAAAGCCGAGCUUCAAGUCGCCUGGUUUCAUCAAGCGGCAGUGGCAAUGUCCGUCCCUCGACCAGUCAGAGAAUCCAAGCUGGAUAUGAAUCCAAGACUGUGUCUUUCUCUCGUGCAACCGCUUCUUCUAGAAACGCUCGUGAAGAUCAGUUGAGAAGCUUUGAGCUUCUCCAUCUUCGGAAAUAA